UUGGUGACACUAGGCGAAACAGCUCGAACCUUCUCACUUUUGGCUUCUCACUGCAGCUUCGACGUCGAGGUUUUGCCACUGCCAGAGCGCCGUCUCAGACUUAAUACUCCAAAGAAUUUUGGCAGAUUACCCCUCAGCAGGGUCCUCUGCUGGGUGCGUCCCACAUCCCGAGCCCAGCUCGUGGACACAACUGGAACUCCAGAGACCCAGUCCCCUCUGCUCCGUCAGCCAAAUUCUGAGAAGUUGAGUGGGGAACCUCUGGGAGCCUGGCGCUGGGCAGCGGCCUCCCCUGCAGGGCCUGUCACCCGCUUGGCGGGUGCAAAUGCCGCUGGCGCCUCUCUGCGCCCCUGGGAGAUAAGCGUCUGAGUCAGGCGGAGCGCAGGCUCACCCUGGCCGCGCAGGGGGCCCCCCGCUCGCCUCCUUGCCCCGCCCGGCGGUGCGGCAGGCCCACACACUCAAGCUCUGCUCUUUUUUCUCCUUCCCCAGGGUCUGCGCAUCGCCGCCGGGAUGAAGCUGGUUCCCGUCGCCCUCCUGUACCUGGGCUCGCUCGCCUUCCUAGGCGUGGACACGGCACGGUUCGACGUGGCGGCAGAGUUCCGAAAGAAAUGGAAUAAGUGGGCUCUAAGUCGUGGAAAAAGAGAACUUCGCGAGUCCAGUAGUUACCCCACCGGGCUCGCCGACGUGAAGGCCGGGUCUGUCCAGACUCUUAUUCGGCCCCAGGAUGUAAAGGGCGCCUCUCGAAGCCCUCAGGCCAGCAGUCCUGACGCAGCCCGCAUCCGAGUCAAGCGCUACCGCCAGAGUUUGAACAACUUCCAGGGCCUGCGGAGCUUUGGUUGUCGCUUCGGAACAUGCACGGUGCAGAAGUUGGCGCAUCAGAUCUACCAUUUCACGGACAAGGACAAGGACGGAUCCGCCCCCAGGAGCAAGAUCAGCCCCCAGGGCUACGGCCGACGGCGCCGACGUUCACUGCCUGAGGCCGGUUUGGGUCGGACUCUAUUACAGCCUCCAGAGCCAAAGCCGCGAGGGGCCCCGGACUCCCGGGUGCACCAAGUAUUUGCCACCCUCCUUAGGAUUUAGGCGCCUGGGCAGCAGCGAACAGUCGCGCUCGCAUCUCGCCGGCACCUCUUCGGGCGGGAGGGCUUCCGCAAGCCGAGCCCCUCACUCAGCCUAUGGGCCCGGGCUGAGAACAGCCCUGAGAGACCGAUAGUCCUGGAGGCACCGUCCGGCAGCCAGCGAGCACUGGCUUUGCAGGAACCCGUCCUCCUCGGAGGGAAGGCAGUGUUCUCUUCCCUCUAAUUGGGGCCAGGUGCAGUUUCUCCUCUCCGUGAGCCUGGCAGACGCUCACGGAGAGGAGAAACUGCGAAAUAAAUGCUGAGACCCUCAGGGGCAAGGGUCUGAGCCACUGCCGUGCCCGCCCACAAACUGAUUCCUGAUGGGGGUGUCACCCCACCGGGGUGCAAGCCUCACUAUUACUUGAACUUUCCGAAACCUAGAGAGGAAAAGUGCAAUGAGUGUUGUAUAUACAGAGAUAAUUAUCAAUAUUUAAAUUUGUUGUUGUCAAGAUUUUUUUUGUAACUUCAAAUAUAGAGAUAUUUUUGUACGUUAUAUAUUGUAUUAAGGGCAUUUUAAAGCAAUUGUAUUGUUCCCCUCCCCUCUAUUUUAAUAAGUGAAUGUCUCAGCGAGAUGCAACGUUGUUUGCUGCGUGGAAUGUGAGAGUGUGUGCGUGAAAGAGAUGAGUUGCCUCUUGUGGAAGAAGAAAACACCGUGUCUGUAUAAUCUAUUUACAUAAAGUGGGUGAUUUAAGAAGUAGCAAAUCAAUAAACUGUCUCAAUGCUGAUUCA